AUGAGCCUGGCUCAUCUUGGCCAUGCAUGGAGUCUUGCACUUGCCGGACGUGUAUCAGAGGUUCCACUCAUGCUGUCAGCGAACGAUGAUCCUUUGGCCAACGCAGGACGCGAUUCUGCUUUCACAGGACCACACCCCCUGGAGAAGCAACAAAUCACAGGUUGGCGAACGUACAUCUUUGCUUUUUACUACAUCUUGGAUCUAAUAUGGUGGCGGACCGUCGAAAGCAGAGUGAUUUUUCUGCCAAAGACAGUUGCCAAAGAGCUGCGCGAUCAAGCUCUAUCAUCCCUCAGAAAAGAACAUCCAGCUCCAUUCUUGAGUGAACCAGACGCAAUAGUCGCCUGGUUGACCAUUGUGGUUAUAUCUGCUCUAUUCCCAAAAGGUUCAAACCGCUCUGUCACCAUCGGGAAUGCUUAUGAUCUCCGAGGGCGCGUGACUUCAUUGUUUCCUGUACCAAACGACAAAGGCGCAUACAUCCAAAACGCCGUAUUCCCAUGUUGGACAAUAGUGCCAGCAAAAAUAGCCCACAAACGUGACGAAGAUACACUAGGUUCGAUCGCUUUGGCAGUUCGUAGCAGCAUCCAAGGGCAAACAACCGAAGCUUCAAUCCAUGCCCAGGCCCGUCUCACGCGAGAUGCAUUGGAUCUGUCGGGAAUACCGCCUCUGUUUGGAAAUGUCAACCAGUUUACUAUCCAUUUUGCUAGCGUCAGAGUCAAUCUAGCAGAGUCACUAGAUUUUAGGCCAGCCAUCAAGAGCGACCUCGGAUCAAUGGAGCAUAAGUAUUCAGCCAAGAAUGUCUGGACAGCCUCUCCAGGUCAUCCUGUUUAUUAUCAUAUCAAGUGUAUCAGUCCGAAUAAUAUGCUCGCAAGGAAUUACUCUCUAAUUGCCAAGAGUUCAGCUGGAGAUUAUUGGAUUAAUGGCAAUUAUCCACCCGAGGUGUGGAAGCUGAUGGAGUCAAUGCUUCAAAGGUUCAAUGAAUGGGUUCCAAAGGGCGAAAGUUGA